AUGGUGUUUGCGAAAGUGUAUCACUUCCUAGCUGAAUUAGUGCAUAAAACAUAUUGGGCGAUCAAGAAGUUGAAUCUGGAUGCUAAGUUAGCCGGAAGGAAGAGAAUAACACAGCUGCAUGAAUUAGAGGAGUUGAGGCUUCAGGCUUAUGAGAAUGCUAAGCUAUACAAAGAGAAGACCAAGAGUUGGAAUGACAAGCAUAUUGUGACACGCACCUUUGAGCCUAGUCAUCUAUUAAGAAAGAAGGAUAAGAGCUUUACUUUCCUUGUUAAUGGUCAAAGGUUCAAGCGCUAUUUUGGGAAUGAUGUGGAUUGUGAGCUUGAAGAGCUCACAUUGAAUGAUGAAUGA